AAUAUGGCAGAAACUAAAACCUUCCAGCUCGGAGCAGCCUGCGCUCUCACCUUUUUCUUUGUCCUGAUCUGUUGGGUUGAUGCAGCUUCCUUCCAGCAGCAUCAGCUGCUUCAGAAAGAUCCAGACUAUGUAAUGAAAAACUUACAAAGGUUCCCAAAUCCCGAUAUGAUCAAAGCUUUGGAAUACAUAGAAGAUCUUCACAAGCAAACUAACAAGGGAGAAAGCAGCCCUGAUUACAACUCUUAUCAAGGUGUCCCAUAUCUCCUGCAACAGAAAGAAAGCAAAGAUCAGGUUCACCUACCGGAUAAUGUAAGGGAUUCUUUGACUGAAGAUGAGUCCCAAUGGGUUAAGGUAAUGUUGGAAGCCUUGCGGCAAGCUGAGAAAGAGUCAAAGGUUGGCCCAAAGGAGAAUAAACCUUAUGGUCUGAGUUCAGAUAACAACUUUCCAGCUGGAGUAACUGAUGAUUACGAGGCUUACAAGUGGCCUGAGAGGUGGCAAAAAUAUCUCAAAAUGCCACUUGGGCACUAUGAAGACAGUUCAAGAGACAGUCCUUUCAAGCGUACUAAUGAAAUAGUGGAAGAGCAAUACACACCCCAAAGCCUUGCUACGUUGGAGUCUGUGUUUCAGGAGUUGGGGAAGAUGGCAGGACCUAGUAACCACAAGAAAGAAAGGCUGGAUGAGGACCAGAAAUUGUAUACAGAUGAUGAAGAUGAUGUAUAUAAAGUGAAUAACAUUGCCUAUGAAGAUGUGGUUGGAGGAGAAGAUUGGAAUCCCAUAGAGGAAAAAGUGGAAAGUCAAACCCAGGAAGAGAUAAAAGAUAGCAAAGAGGAAAUUGAUAAACAUGAAGAGGAGAUUGAUGACGAAAUUAAGAGAUCAGGGAAAUUCAGCUUCCUUGAGGAUGAAAUAAGAAGAGACAAUAAAGAUCAAAUGUCAGAGGAUGUUUCAAAGCUAAUGAAUUAUUACCUGAAGAGGCUGAUGGGUAGUGCUGGGAAUAGGAAAUUAAGGACUGGAGGAGAACUUGAGGAAAAAAGAGCACCCAUGUUUUUGGAUAAGCAACUCGAUCCUCAGUCUAUAGCUCAGCUGAUAGAAAUCUCAAGGAAUUUACAAAUUCCUCCUGAGGAUUUAAUAGACAUGUUGAAAGCUGGAGAAAAAAAGCAGCUUCAGAGUGAAAGGUUGGAAGCUGAGCAGGAAGCAGAAUUCCCAGAAGACCUCGACGAGAUCGCUGAAACCAAUCUAGGACAGAGCGAUAUAUUUAAAAAUAAUGUAAACUCUAAAAAUGGGUACAUGAAGCAGCCUCUUAAUGUUAUUCCAGAAAAUCUACCUGAAGACCUCAAUAUUGAAGAUAUUGUCAGUCUUCUGGGAACUGACAAUUUAGCUAACCAGAAUCCCUCCUACUUACUAAAUCGUCUUAAUCAAGAAAAUGAUUUGCCGAGACUGUCUUACAUUCCCAGAAGAUUGAAAGGACACACGUUUCCUAAAGCUGCCUGGAUGAACGAUUUGGAAAGGCGACAAAUGGAGUAUGAGAAACUGAAUGAGAAGGAUGAAGAGCUGGCCGAUUACUUGGCAAAGGUGUUGGCAAAAUAUCCUGAAGUUAUCAAUACGAACCAGAUGAAACGAGUCCCAGUUCCAGCUUCUGAAAGCAACCUGCAGGAAGAUGACCAGCUGGAGCAGGCCAUCAGAGAGCACCUAAGUCAGCUGGGGCCACAGGAGGCCGCAAAGUUGGCUUUGCUCAGCAAAAGGCUUUCCAUGGCCGGGGAAACUGAUGACACGCAAAACAGGCAGUAUCUGGACGAGGAUAUGCUAGCAAAGGUGCUAGAGUAUCUAAAACAGGAGAAAUCAGAGCUUGAAAGAGAUCACAUUACUAAACGGGCAAUGGAAAAUAUGUAG